GUUUAUCCAUACGUCGUUCUCAUGGCGGGCAUGGCUGCUGCUAGUGGAGCUCCGCGGGUGUUUACGUCGCCCAUGCCGAGCUAUGGCGUCACCGCGCGCUCGCCGCUGGUCCUGGGCAGUAGCUUCGUGCCGCAUUCUUCCUCGAGGACGAUCAUCGCGUCGCCGGCGCGGCUGAUCUUCGAGACGAGCACGAGUAGGAUCAGCAUGGCCUGGGCGGGAAGCCUGGCGUCCAUUCGGCUCGUCAUCCAGGGCAAGCAUUUGGAGCUCACGGAGGCGCUCAAAGCUUAUGUGGAGGACAAAGUCGGCAAGGCCGUGCACAAUCACGCGUAUCUGGUGAUGGAGGUGGACGUUCGCUUGUCCGUGCGCGGCGGCGAGAGUGGCAGGGGACAAAAGCUCCAGAAAUGCGAGGUGACCAUGUUUACGAAGAAGCACGGUGUCGUGCGAGCCGAGGAAGCGACCGAUAGCAUGUACUCGGCCAUCGACCGGGUGUCGGACGUGGUGGCCAGGAAACUCCGCAAGAUCAAAGAGAAGGACGGACAUGGCCGGCGCUUGCCAUCGCACGUCGGGGAGAUCCUCUCCAGGGAAUCGUCUACCGCUCCUCCAACCCCGGCUGUGGAGGAGCCUGACUUUCCAGACGAGAUUGUGAGAACCAAGAUCUUUGACAUGCCACCCCUCAAGAUCAACGACGCAAUGGACCACAUGGCAAACAUUGGCCAUGAUUUCUACGCGUUCAGGAAUGCCGAGAGUGGCGAGGUGAACAUCCUCUACAAGAGGAAAGAAGGCGGCUACGGAAUCAUCAUCCCCAGGGAAGGCGAGGUGGAGGAGGGCGAGGAAGACAACAAGAAUGCGUAGAGGAGGCUCCAGAGUUUUGGAAAAACAGGUAUUCUAACCUGUGUGCCGAUGGAGCCUCACUGGCGGCCCGGAUCAAGGCCUCGACGCGGCUCUCCAGCCUCCGGGAGUUCCACGCGCGAGUCAUGGACGUGUACAGCAAAUGGGGAGGCACGAUCGCCAUUACGUGGAAAAUCUUGCUGGUUCAUCUCGCUCGAAUGCCUACACUGGGUAUAUGUCAAGGCGAAAAAGCUGUUCUAUGAUCUUCGUGAGUUUCUUGAAACUCCAUGCUUGGAUGGUAUAGCUAGAUUGUGCAAGCCACAAUGUUGCUUGAUCUGAUGGCAUGCGUAGACUUGGAAUGCCGAGAAUGGGAAUCUCAAAACCACGUUUUAGACGACGAACCUGUUGUUCAAGAUCCGAAGCUACCGCAAUCGCUCGUCUUGUCCGCAAGAGACGUGUUGUUCUCCACGAUCCGAUGGCGUUUCAGGUGGAAAUGCGUCAAGGAGCUAUGGCGGAUGAGCAGCUUGUCGCUUUGCACGAUAGGCGGGAGGUCCACCUUAUUCCCAAUUCGUGUCAACGCUUCCUCGCCUGGAUUCUCUGUCGGUGCCGAGACGCGUUCUUGAGACUCAAUCUUUUGCGGUUCCCCGGGUAUAUUCUGAUACCCAGAAUAUUUUCUUGCCACGUAAACAAGUCAACCAUCAAAUUUAAUUUAAA